UACAUCUAACCCUCUUGGACGCAAUAACUACACAUAUAACUCAUUUUAACUGCAAUCGCUGUCACCCCUUUCCCCUUUCUCGUUUUCGUUGUGUCAAAUAUAUGUACAUAUAGUUGGGUCGUUGGCCAAGCACGCAUACCAAUACGCAGCUGCAGCGGUGAAUUUUUUCGUCUCGCUUUCGCUCUUCACCGUUGCUUAUCUUUGUUCUUUUGUUUGGCGCGCUUGAUCCAAACCAAACACCAAGUGACGCGCUACCCUGUUUUCGUCGGGUAUAUUCGUUUGGUGUCAGUAGGAUCCAACUAUCAAUUAAGACAAAGUCGUGCCUCGGAAAUCAAUUUAGCGUCGAUCAUUGUCGGUGCAUACGUACAUAUACACAACAUCCAUUCUUCAGAACUGCAGCGGUGACAUUUUUCGUUUUCGCUUGUCACCAGUGCAGUUCGUUGCUGUUCUUGUGUGGUUUUCGUGUACGCGCCAGCCAAGCGACGCUCUACCCUAAAUUUUUCACCUCGUGUGGGUACAAUUACCCAUUAUUUCAUUGAGUGCCUCAGCAUUAAAUACGAUUAUUAGAAACGAUCUUUCGCCUUCAGUUGCUUGUAUUGAGAAUCAAUAUGACUUCAAAAGCCAACAAUAUUGCCCUUGAAGAGCUGAAGAAAAAGCGCAGUUGCCGUGUCAAAGGCAUUCGUUUAUUAGCGGACCGUUUAGAAGCGGGGGAUAUUCCGCUGGUAUUGACGGAGCUCGAGUGCAGACUCGAAACGCUGAUGCGUAGCAUUGACACGGCACGCGAACUUCAAGAGAAGAUUGAAGAUAUAGACAUUGACGAUGAAUUUGAAGUCGAGUUGGAAGAACUCUCAAUUGUCACAAAGGCAAAAUUAAUGUCUCUCAUUUGCGCAUUAAAGACAGCUGAUGAGACAAUACCGGCAGUACCAGCUUAUGGUGGCCCAACUCGUGCUCGCCUUCCGAAGUUAGCUCUGCCGCAGUUCAGCGGCAACUUUUCGGACUUUAAAAACUUCAUAGGUUUAUUUGAGACUCUAGUUCACAAUGACCAAAGCAUUCCAAUUAUCGAAAAGUUCAACCAUUUGCUUUCGUGCCUCUCCGGUGAAGCGUUGGGAACAGUUAGGGCUUUCCAAGUAACCGAGACCAACUACGAGAAAGCAAUGGCUAGCUUAAAACGGGUCUACGAUAAUGAUUGUCUGAUCUUUAAAAAUCACAUUGAUGCCCUAUUUAGUCUUCCCAAAAUGACCCAGCAAUCAGCAUCGUCCUUAAGAAACCUUAUAGAUACCGCCUCAUCCAUAUAUGGUUCGUUGUUGUCGAUAGGCGAUGAUAAAAAGAUCUCGAAUGCGAUGAUUAUUCAUCUCGUCUUGAGGAGAGUCGAUCCGGUGACCAAAGAGAAAUGGGAAGAACAGCUCGAUUAUGACAAACUGCCACUUUGGACGGACUGUGAAAAGUUGCUUAAUCGCAGACAUCAGCAUCUUUCGGCCGAAAAUUCGGACAAACCAAAGCAGGAGCAGAAAGCUGUGCCAAGCAAGACGCAUAAUCGGAGCUCAUUCGCUACUGCAAUGCGAAAGGCCAUUUGUUGACAGAUUGCAGUCCAUUUGGUCGGCUGGCAGUAAUGCAAAGGUUCGAAUUCGCAAAAACUGCAUCCUUGUGCAUCAAUUGUCUGCAGCUAGGCCACUCUGUAGUACGAUGCAAAGCUAAGAAGUGUCGAGUGUGUGGCUGCUCACACCAUACCUCAUUGCUUAGAUACACAGUGGUGAAUAAAAGUCUAGCGUUACCAUCACCCCCAGAGAAUUUUUCUCCUCCUCCCAAUCAGAAUCAACCUUCCACUUCGCAUGCUCUCCAUGCGACAGCUAUGGAUAG